AUGUAUACGCCACUAAAGAAAGCUCUUUAUGGCUUGAAGCAAAGUCCAAAAAAUUGGAAUGAAACAUUAAGAGAAUUUAUGAAUUCUCAUGAUUUUUAUGAUACGGAGUUUGCUCCAGGAUUGUUUGUAUCUUCGGAUGGCAAUAAACGUAUAGCAGCGUAUGUGGAUGAUUGUGUUUUAGCCGCAGAUACUGAAGAAGAUCUGGAUGAGAUAAUAGAAAUGUUUAAGAAUACAUUUGAAAUAAAAGCUAUUGUAAUAAUGAAUGAAGAAAAACAAUUAGAAACAGAUAUUUUAGGUAUAGACUUGAAAUAUGACUUGAAUAAAGGAAUAAUUACAUUGAGUAUGAAAUCAUACAUUGACAAAUUUAAUAAUGAUUUUCCACUACUAAAACUGAAAGAAUAUGAGAAUAACUUAACAACAGAACAAAAGAAAGAUUUAACACCUCACUUUAGUGAAUAUAAUUUAAAUCCAAAUGAAGAUACACUUCUAAUGAAUAAGACUGAAUACAAAGAGAAGGUUAAGUAUAUACAAAAAUCUAUUGGAAUGCCAAACUACUUAAGAACAAGAGGUAGGCUGGAUCUGGAAUUUGCAGUUAGCAAGAUUGCCAGAUUUGCAUUUUAUGCACAUGCUAAAGUAAUUAAAGCUGUUGAUAGAUUAAUUAAAUAUACUUAUGUGAAAAGAGAUCUGAAUGUAGUAAUUAAAAGAGAAAAGAAACAGCCUGAUGAGAUCACAGUAAUCACUGAUGCUUCAUUAGGAUCAGAGUAUGAUGUAAAAUCAAGAAUUGGUGGUAUAAUAUGGUUUGGAAACACAUUUAUGUUUGGGUUUUUUAAAAAAAAAUCAUCAAUUGUUUGUGACUCUUCGGCAGAAUGUGAAUUAGAUGCUCUAAACAAAGGUGAAAAACUAACUCUACAUUUAAAGUUCAAGUUAGAAAAAUUAUUUAAGAAAAAUUUUAAAAUUAAUAUUAUUACGGAUUCUAAACCUGUACUAGAAUGGCUUAAAAAAACAUAUAUUGGAGGUAGAACAAAGUUCCUUGGAAUCAGAAUUGGUCGUUUAAAAGAAAGACUAAAGGACAAGUCCAACUUUCUAAGAAAAAUUGAUGGAUUGGAGAAUGUAGCCGAUCCAUUAACAAAACAAGUCAGCUCAACUGAUUUCAAGAACCUAAGUAAAAUCAUGGAAGGUAACAUUACUCCACAAAACUUACUACCGUUGACCAACCUUGUGGAGACUGAAGAGGAGUUCGCAAGAUGUAAGGAUCGUGUAUGUUCAGGUAGAAUGAUAAAAAGUUUAUUAAGAGGGUGUGCUGGAAUAUGA